UUUUUUUAAAUUUACUUUUUAAUGAUUUAUUUUCAAAGGUCAUCUGAAUGACUUCCUUGGAAGAAAGCUUUUACUUACCCACAUUAAAUGACCGUUUCCUCUGUGCUUGUCUCUAGAUCCAGGGUCUCAUUGGUGACAUGCCCAUUUUCUGGUGAUUUUAUACUUUAAUGUUCUCAACCGUAGUGAAGUACAAUCUGAGGCCAAACUUAAAGCAUAUGCUAAGUACGUCUCAGAACAGUCAAACACAUUUACCUCCGUGAUAGGCAUCGACAUUUUCAUAUAGUCUAAGUUCCCAGGCCAGUCUAUGUCUGUACCAACAGCGACAUGGCAAAUAAAAGCUUUCAAAUUAUUAUACUAAGGUUUUAUUUUUAUGGGGAGAACAGGUAAUGAUUUUAUUUGGGGGGGGGAUAAUCAUCUUCAAAUAGUUUCCAUAGAAACAUGACCAACCUCAUCAUAACAGAAAAUACAAGUUUGCUGUCUAUAGUUAGUUGUAAAAAUGACUUAAUAGUGGCAAUAAUUUCUUACUUUUCUUAGUCAUUGUAGGCACAGACUUGUGCUGUUCAACACCUAUGUAGUAGUGUUUAAAGUUGGAUAAAUAUGAUAUAGAAUAAAAACCCCAUUUCUUUCAUAAUUGUAGAUAAAUUUUACGCUUUAUAUAGCCACCCUUGGCUAACAUGGGUACUCUAGGUCUGGAUCCCUCCUUUCUUUUUCACAUGCCAAGUUCCAGAGCCCGAAUAAUUCUAUCAGCAUUGAGUGUAUUAGCAGAUGCUAUGCACUACUGGGUUUAGGUAUUAGUUCAAUCUCAAGAAAUGUCAAAUGAUUCGCUAUUUGCACUUAUCUAAGUAACUUAUAUGGGUAACGUAUUUACUCUUGAGAAAGCCAAAUGCAUGUAUCUGGGACAUGAUCUUGGAAAUAAUUUUUUUCGGAGAUCUUUUAGAUCCAAGUAAAAAAAUGCCUGCCAUGAACCCUGCCUCUCUUUCAAUUCUCUCAAUGUAAGACCCUCCAAGCAGCUGGAAUGUCCACUCCUGUCUCUGUGGCAUCCUUAGGGAUGGCUGUGUUGCGAGGGACAGACAGACUGAUCCUGCACAGGUGAGCACACAGGUGCCACGCCCCACCUGUUGUUGAGUGGAGCCAGUACAGGAAACAAAGCAAGCAGGGGAUAGACAGGUCUCUGGGUUGUAUUCACUUGCUUCUUACCUGCUAAUGUUACAGGGUUGAACUCCAAAGUACGUGACGUGAAGUUUCUGUAUACCAAGUUGCUCUUCCUGAAUGUUAAGGAAGUCUGUUUUUCAAGGGAGAAUAAAACUCAUUUUGUUGGCUUGUAUAGACUCUAUAAACUUUAAACAUAGGGUAGGUCAAUGCUGCUCUUGCAAAUGUUAGGGUGGGGUCUGCGGUUUUAGGCAUGAAUAAUCAAAUUCAGCUGGGGCUUCUUGGCUGCUGUUGCUCCAACUGGUUAACAUCUGAACUACCUGUGGACUCAGAAAUUUCGGUCUAAUGGUCCCCAUGCAUCCUCAGCCAGCCCACAGCUGUUGGCGCUGCAGGCCAGGGACAGCUUCCGAGUUCAGUUUAUUGGGAAGAAACCUGCUUCCUGCAUUGGCGGGUAAUGAGGCAGAUGAAACUUUCCUUGCCUUUCUUUGGGAAAAUUGAUUUCAGGCUCUUUCCCCUCCUCAGGUUGAAGGAAAGAACUUCAUCCCCUCCGGUCAGGGCUCUUAGGGGUGUGCAGGGCGGCUUUGUCUACCUGGCAGCGGCGCCAGGAAACGUGGAGCAGAGCUGCAGGGCUGCUAGAGUUGGGACUAGUCUAGAACUUUCUUCCGCCUGGUCCAGGAGUAGCCGAGUUCCGGCCAGGACCUGGGGGCGUGCCCGGGUCGGGGUCGGGUCGUACGGCCGCCCGGAGAGCGCGCGGGGCUGGGGUGGGAGGAGCGGUCGCGCGGGGAGGAGCCGGCGGGAGGAGGCGGCGCUCCCGCGGGCCGAGCGCCGAGCGGCGACCCGGCGGCCCUGACCCCGCGGCUCCGCGGUGGGCGAGUGCGGCCGCGGACAAAGGAGCAUGUCGUUGCGAAGCAGGACCGAUCCUCGGGCCGCCGGGAGGCUCGGGCCACCGCCAGACCCGCCCCGCCUCGCCGCCACCCGCUAGGCCGGUGCCGCCUCUCGGCCCCGCAGGCCCGGUCAGCGGCAUGGAGCGGCCGCCGCUGCUGCUGCCGCUGGCGCUGCUCGCCCUGUUGUGGGGAGGAGAGCGCGGGGCCGUAGCGCUGCCCGCGGGCUGCAAGCACGACGGUCGGGCCCGGGGUACCGGCAGGGCGGCCGGAGCCGAGGGGAAGGUGGUGUGCAGCAGCCUGGAGCUCGCGCAGGUUCUGCCCCCGGACACGCUGCCCAACCGCACGGUCACCCUGAUUUUGAGCAACAACAAGAUAUCCGAGCUGAAGAAUGGUUCAUUUUCUGGGUUAAGUCUCCUCGAAAGACUGGACCUCCGGAACAAUCUUAUUAGUAGGAUAGCCCCGGGUGCCUUUUGGGGACUGUCUUCACUGAAGAGAUUGGACCUGACAAACAACCGAAUAGGUUGUCUGAAUGCAGACGUUUUUCGAGGACUCACCAAUCUGGUUCGGCUAAACCUUUCAGGGAACCUGUUUACUUCACUGUCUCAAGGAACUUUCGAUUAUCUUGGCUCAUUGCGGUCUUUAGAAUUUCAGACUGAGUACCUUCUGUGUGACUGUAACAUUCUGUGGAUGCAUCGCUGGGUAAAGGAGAGAAACAUCACUGUGCGGGACACCAGAUGUGUUUAUCCCAAGUCACUGCAGGCCCAGCCAGUCACAGGGGUAAAGCAGGAGCUCUUGACUUGUGGUCCUCCCCUUGAACUGCCGUCCUUCUACAUGACUCCAUCACACCGCCAGGUUGUGUUUGAAGGAGACAGCCUUCCCUUCCAGUGUAUGGCUUCCUAUAUAGACCAGGACAUGCAAGUGCUGUGGUAUCAGGAUGGGCGCAUUGUUGAGACCGAUGAGUCUCAAGGGAUCUUUGUGGAGAAAAGCAUGAUUCACAACUGCUCCUUGAUUGCAAGUGCCCUGACCAUUUCUAACAUUCAAGCCGGGUCUACUGGAAAUUGGGGCUGUCAUAUUCAGACCAAACGUGGGAAUAAUACAAGAACUGUUGAUAUUGUGGUACUAGAAAGCUCUGCCCAAUACUGUCCACCGGAGAGGGUUGUGAACAACAAAGGUGAUUUCAGGUGGCCCAGAACACUGGCAGGCAUCACAGCAUAUCUCCAGUGUACCCGGAACAGCCACAGCAGUGGGGUCUAUCCUGGAAACACACAGGAUGAAAGGAAGGCAUGGCGCAGAUGUGACAGAGGUGGCUUUUGGGCAGAUGAUGAUUAUUCUCGGUGCCAGUAUGCAAAUGAUGUCACUAGAGUUCUGUAUAUGUUCAAUCAGAUGCCCCUCAAUCUUACGAAUGCGGUAGCUACGGCUCGGCAGCUGCUGGCUUACACAGUAGAGGCUGCCAACUUCUCGGACAAAAUGGAUGUUAUAUUUGUGGCUGAAAUGAUAGAAAAGUUUGGAAGAUUUACCAAAGAGGAAAAAUCAAAAGAGCUUGGUGAUGUGAUGGUUGAUGUGGCAAGCAACAUCAUGUUGGCUGAUGAGCGGGUGCUGUGGCUGGCACAGAGGGAGGCAAAGGCCUGCAGCCGAAUUGUCCAGUGUCUGCAGCGCAUUGCCACACAUCGCCUGGCCAGUGGGGCUCACGUGUACUCCACAUAUUCGCCCAAUAUUGCUCUGGAAGCUUAUGUCAUCAAGGCUGCUGGCUUCACAGGGAUGACCUGCUCCGUGUUCCAGAAAGUGGCUGCCUCCGACCGCACAGGUCUUUCUGACUAUGGGCGAAGGGACCCAGACGGGAACCUGGACAAGCAGCUCAGCUUCAAGUGCAAUGUUUCCAGCACCUUCUCCAGCCUGGCCCUGAAGAACACCAUCAUGGAGGCCUCUAUUCAGCUUCCUUCCUCCCUUUUCUCACCAAAACAAAAGCGGGAAGUCCGAGCAACUGAUGACUCCCUCUACAAGCUUCAACUCAUCGCAUUCCGCAACGGAAAGCUUUUUCCAGCCACUGGAAAUUCAACCAAGUUGGCAGAUGAUGGCAAGCGGCGGACAGUGGUGACUCCUGUGAUCCUCACCAAAAUAGAUGGUGUGACCACAGAUACCCACCACGUCCCUGUCAAUGUGACGCUGCGGCGAAUCGCCCACGGAGCAGACGCCAUCGCUGCACAGUGGGACUUUGAUUUGCUGAACGGACAAGGAGGCUGGAAGUCAGAUGGCUGCUGUAUACUCUACUCGGAUGAGAACAUCACCACCAUUCAGUGCGGCUCCCUGGGCAACUAUGCUGUGCUAAUGGAUCUGACCGGAUCCGAAUUGUACACCCCAGCAGCCAGUCUCCUGCACCCUGUGGUUUAUACCACCGCCAUCACUCUCCUCUUAUGUCUCUUGGCCGUUAUCAUCAGUUACAUGUACCACCACAGUUUGAUUCGAAUCAGUCUUAAGAGCUGGCACAUGCUCGUGAACUUAUGCUUUCAUAUUUUCCUGACCUGCGUGGUGUUCGUGGGAGGAAUAACCCAGACCAGAAAUGCCAGCGUCUGUCAAGCAGUUGGGAUCAUUCUUCAUUAUUCUACCCUUGCCACGGUGCUGUGGGUCGGAGUCACUGCUAGAAACAUCUACAAACAAGUCACGAAGAAAGCCAAGAGGUGCCAGGAUCCUGACGAGCCGCCCGCCCCCCCACGGCCCAUGCUGCGGUUCUACCUGAUUGGUGGCGGGAUCCCCAUCAUAGUGUGUGGUAUCACGGCAGCAGCAAACAUCAAGAACUAUGGCAGCCGGCCCAGUGCACCCUAUUGCUGGAUGGCCUGGGAACCGUCCUUGGGAGCCUUCUACGGACCUGCCAGCUUCAUCACUUUUGUAAACUGUAUGUAUUUUCUAAGCAUAUUUAUUCAGUUGAAAAGACACCCUGAGCGCAAAUACGAGCUCAAGGAGCCGGCAGAAGAGCAGCAGAGAUUGGCAGCUAAUGAAAAUGGUGAAAUCAAUCCUCAGGACUCCAUGUCUUUGUCUCUCAUCUCUACAUCCACACUGGAAAAUGAGCACAGUUUUCAGUCCCAGCUUUUGGGGGCCAGCCUUACUCUGCUUUUGUAUAUCACCUUGUGGAUGUUCGGGGCCAUGGCGGUCUCUCUGGAUUACCCUUUAGACUUGGUUUUCAGCUUCUUCUUUGGAGCCUCUUGUCUGAGCUUCAGUGCUUUCAUCAUGGUGCACCACUGCAUCAACAGGGAGGACGUGAGGCUUUCGUGGAUCAUGAUGUGCUGCCCGGGACGGGGCUCCUACUCGGUGCAAGUCAAUGUCCAGCCUCCCACCUCAAGUGCGGCUAACGGAGAGGCUCCAAAGUGCACGAAUAGCAGCGCAGAGUCUUCAUGCACAAACAAAAGCGCAUCGAGCUUCAAAAACUCUUCCCAGGGCUGCAAGCUAACGAACCUGCAGGCUGCUGCAGCACAGUACCACAGCAAUGCCUUACCUGUGAGUGCCACACCUCAGCUUGAUAACAGCCUGACCGAACACUCGAUGGAUAACGAUAUUAAAAUGCAUGUGGCUCCUUUAGACGUGCAGUUUCGAGCAAACAUGCAUCCAAGCCGCCAUCAUAAAAACCGAAGUAAAGGACACCGGGCCAGCAGACUCACGGUCCUGCGAGAGUAUGCCUAUGAUGUCCCCACGAGCGUGGAAGGCAGCGGGCAGAGCGGCUCACCUAAGAGCCGGCCAGGCAGCAGUGAAGGACAUUCGAGGAGUCGGAGAGCUUACCUGGCCUAUAGAGAGAGGCAGUGCAACCCACCCCAACAAGACAGCAGUGAUGCUGGUAGCACGCUUCCCAAAAGUGGCCGAAAUGUUGAAAAGCCUCUUUCAACUAGUAGUAAGAAAGAUGCGCCAAGGAAGCCAGCUGCAGCUGACCUUGAAAGCCAGCAGAAGUCGUAUGGCCUGAACUUAGCUGUUCAGAAUGGACCAGUUAAAAGCAAUGGGCAGGAAGGACCCCUGCUAGCUACUGAUAUUACUGGCAAUAUUAGGACUGGGCUGUGGAAACAUGAAACAACUGUGUAGCACUGCGAGGGCUUCCAAGACAGGGUGAAACUGUGACACUCACAUUCCUUUAAGCUAUGAACUCUUAGAAACAAACUGUUUACAGCCACCCCAGGGAUACAAAACAGUUCUGAAUAUUCUUGUGAGUUUUGGGACUUACUUAUUUUAUAUUCCUAAAUUGCCCUUCCCCAGAGGUUAAAAACAUGUUUUAAACAUUGUUUUACUUAUCAAAGUACCAAUAAGAUAUUUUGGAAGUUGAAAAUAUAAUUUCUUAGAAUCUGUUAUAUCUACUUAACAUUUGAGGUUUGUAUUUAAUAAAAUAAAUAGAAGUU